AUCUUCCCAUCUCCCACUACGGUUCCCAAGAUAUCGCACAUUGACCACCUUCCACAUGCGGAUAUCCUUCCUCGGCCUUCGUUUCCCCGAAUACCUAGCAUAUUUGCGAUGCAUCCGAGUCAUCUGUCUUCAGUUGAUUCCCAUGGUCCUGAAGGGAGUACCAACAAGAAUUCUCUCCCUGCUACUCCAGGCUCUUCUGUGGACUGCUUCAAAGGUUGAUCAAUUGCGCGCAAAUUUAGCAAGAACACGUGCAUAUAUUAAAGAUGCAUCCACGAGAGAAAGCGCUAUAUUGGCUGAACUUAAGAAAUUCGGAGAAGGCGAUCCUCAAGUAACUGCAGAUUCUCAGGCUAUUGCUUGUAGUCCGCUUUCACAACAAACAUGUGAACAUCAAGCUCAAAAUAUGAUUGUAGAAGAGGCUUUGAAAGAUGAAAGACGCAGACGUGAAAGUGCCGAGCAACUAAUCAGAGACAUUGAAAAGGAGUGUAGAGAACCUUUCGUGGUUCCCGCCCUGCUUCAGGCCUUUGUCGACAUUUCCCAAUUAGCUGCCAGUGAUGGAGCCGAAAACCAUACACUAGUACGUUCAUCGUAGCGCAUGGGAAAUAUUCUUAACUUUUCGACAGUAACAAAAAUUUACUAAACACCAUAUUUCAGCUUUGACUACCCAGCAGAUAUUUGUAAGAUAGGACUCAUGCAAAUACGACUGCUAUCACGUGAGCUAUCUUGUCACACUUACAUUUGUUUGGCGGGGGUAAACUGCCUGAAAAUAGUGUAGAAAUUAGAACAACAAAAAAUCGUGAAAUCUAAAACCUGAGGAUUAUAAGGAUCAUCAUUCCCGAAAUUCCUCAGGUUCUCAAUUUCUUGUAUCUGUGCUACCUAGUCUACUACACCCCCAGCAAUGAUUUAUUUGUGAU